AUGAGCAACACUAUUAAACUAAUUCCUGAUGGUGAUUGUAAUACAUUUAAUCCAACAAAUUCAUCCGAAAAUUCAGAAAAACGUUUUGUUAAUGUAAAUGCUAUUUUAACUGAUUCAAAUGAUAAUCCUUGGGUUGUUGAUUCUGGUCUAUUUGGAAGUCGAACAUUCGUAAAUCGUUCAAAACUUGUUAAGAUUAAUCUUAAUGUAAAUAUAGUUGAACAAAUUUAUUACACAUCAAGUUUAAAUCCACCUCUAGAAUUUGCUUUAAAUGAUGUUAGAAUUGGUUCUCGACAUGCAUAUUUAACUGAAUCUGGUUUAGGUUCAGUAGUUAUUAUUAAUUUAGAAAAUGAUCAAGUACGUCGUGUUCUCUACGAUCAUCCAUCAACAAAAUUUGCUGAUCCAACUAUUGUUCGAAUGGAAGGACGUAUUGUUUUAGAUGUACGAUUUGUUUUUGUUAAAGCAACACUAUUCCAUUGA